CGCACAUUGCAGCUUGCGGCGCGCGGGAAGCCACUACCGGCGCUUAACCGUUCCUCGCCUCCUGGACGUCGGCUUCUCAGGCGGAGCCUCUGGGAGGAAGAGGAGAACAGGAGAGAAACUCUUCUGGCCCGGGACCGCGACCGGGGCGGAACCCGGGACCGAGUCGCCUUGGCGGCGCUGACCGAGAUCGAGCAGGCACCUGCUCUCCUUUGUUGGGUCAGUAACCACUCACUUCUACAGCGGGAGACACAGGUUUUACUAAGAUGAGCCACACCCUGGUUGCCUAGGGGCAGUCACACCUAUCCACGCUUUUAGGAAAGCAGACUUCAGUCCCUGGAUCCCUAAGGAGGAGGCGCUCAGGCGGAGGCCUCUUGUCAGCAGAACCAGAGAUGGCAUCAGUAGAUUUCAAGACCUAUGUGGACCAGGCCUGCAGAGCUGCAGAGGAAUUUGUCAAUGUCUAUUACACGACUAUGGAUAAGCGGCGUCGGCUGCUGUCCCGCCUGUACAUGGGCACAGCCACUUUAGUAUGGAAUGGAAAUGCUGUUUCAGGACAAGAAUCCUUGAGUGAGUUUUUUGAGAUGUUGCCUUCCAGUGAGUUCCAAAUCAGCGUGGUAGACUGCCAGCCUGUCCAUGAUGACGCUACACCAAGCCAGACCACCGUGCUUGUGGUCAUCUGUGGAACAGUGAAGUUUGAAGGCAACAAACAGCGGGACUUCAACCAGAACUUCAUCUUGACUGCUCAGGCGUCACCCAGUAACACGGUGUGGAAGAUAGCAAGUGACUGCUUCCGGUUCCAGGACUGGGCCAGCUAGUGGGGGUGACCGAGGCAUCUUAGCUUAAGCCCAGCUCUGCAGAGAAAUGCCAGUCUCAAAUCUCAGGAUGUGGAGAACACAAGUUCAUUUUUGUUGUCACAGCAGCACUGCAGACUGGAUGUUGGACUCCCAGAAUCCCCUUCCUGGUUAUAUACUGGUUUGUCAUAGUUGCCUUUUAAAAGUAGUAAACUUUCUAUUUUUCUACUUACUCAGUAGAGACCCUGUUUCUGGAACUUGACAAAUAAAUAUGUUGCUUUUCUGCC